AUGUUCCGGGAUGCGAGUCUCGAGAGAACACGAGAAUUCGAGUUCGAGUACUGUACUCACCUUCUCGCUGCAAGAGCGAGGGAAAUCUCGCUCGCGGAUUCAAAUUUUUUUUACGAGGUAGAGGAAGGAGGUCGUCAGAGUCUAGAAUUGGAGAGGCGGACGGCGAAAAUGGAGAAAGCGAAGGCGAAGGAGCCGAGCUUGGAAGAUUGCUUGAAGCUUCUCCGUGGCGAGAGCGACGAGCAGCGAUUAGUGGGACUUUUGCUGGUCACUAAAUUCGUUAAGGGCGAUGACCUCGACGCUGUGCGGAAGGUUUUCGACGCCAUUGGGUUUCAAUUCACCAACAGACUCAUCAACACUUCAGAGGCCGGACAGUCCGGAAAGGCAAGAGCUGAGCAGCGAUCCUAUCUCCAUCUAGCACUGUCCAUUCUUGCCGCGUUUUGUCGGGUGCCAGAACUUGCAUCUUUGGAUGAAACAAUCAGUAAAGUUCCCGUUCUUCUUCAGACCCUUGCCAACAAGGACCAUGAAGCCGCGACGCAUGAUUGCUUUGAGGCACUUCUACUGAUAGCAACGGCGUCCGAGAAGGGGUUGAUGUCCAUAGCAGUGCCCGUAGCUCUGCCGGUUGUGGCCCAUCGUCUGAGCAGCAGCCCCUCAGAGGCUUCGUGGACAGUGCUCGCUGUCAGGCUCCUCCACUGCCUCCUGACCAGGAUAGCUGCCGAGAACGCUGUUAGAGAAUAUGCUCAAAACCUGGCUCUUGUGAUAUUACCCGUUGCGAGGCAGCUCUGUGAUAAGCAAGACAUCUCUAAAUUCGAAGCGCUUGCAGUUCUGUAUUCCCUCUUGGUCUCUGACAUCUCGAUGCCUGUUAGGGUUGCAAUUGGGACCUCUCCGAUUUCACCUGAGUGGGCUGCACUUGCGAGAACAGGACUCGGGCAAAUUUUGCAUAGUCGAGUAGCCAUUGAACAAAAACAUAUUGUCUUGGAACUCGCACAAGCUAUAGUGGAAGUAGUAAGCGACACCUGGCUUGUCGGGCCUAUGGUGCUCCCUGGCGAAAAGGUCCUUUCACCUCCAGACAGGUUUUUUCUUCUUAUAGUGGAGACACUGAGAGUGGAAAGUGCAGUUCUCUUGAAUGAAGUUGCUAGAAGCUCGUUUGAUCCUGGACAGGAGCCUCGGACAACCGAUGGAAGUUCUGUGAAGGAACGCAGGUUGAUGAGUUGUUUUGCUUUAUUGGAAUCUGUCAUAAACAUUGUUACAAAUCAAGAAGAUGAAGAUAAGAAUAUGAACGAGUCAAGUCUGCAAAGGAUUGAUGAGACAGUUUUGCAAAAGACGUUAAAAGUGUUGGACGAAGUCGUCGGCCUUGUUAUCGAACUCUUGGAGGACGCUCAGGCCCGUAAUCAGAAUGAAGGUGAAAUUCUUGUGGCUUGUGUUCGCAUUGCAAGCAGAUAUCUGGCGGAAGCACCUUCUGCACAUCGCGAACGAUGUCUGAGGCUUCUGGGAUUUAUGCUCGCAGUCACUUCAAAAGUUAAUGAAAGGUCAUUUGCAGUGAUGCAGUUCAUGCUACCCUUCCUUACCCAGAUCACCUUAUCCGUGGAUGGGUGCACUGCAUUAGUCGCUUGUAAUGGCCAUAAAAAGUUAGCCAGUUAUCUGGCGUGGACCGUGCACAAUCAAAUUCCUGGUGCUAUGGUGGACGGUUGUGACGUCUUGCUAAAUAUUUUAAGCAAGAAAGACGAGAUUGCUGGUAUAAGCGCCGGAGAAUUUGCAUCUGUACUACCUCCUCUCGCGGCCUCUGCGGGCCAAAGAUCAAGCGAUAUGGAGAAUUAUAUGGCGACUUGCGUGUGUGUGAGCAUUCUUGCUCUGACCAGCGAAGAUGCUUUGAGGAGUCGAGUAGAACUGGGCCCAGGCGUUGUCAACAAGAUCAUUCAGCUGAUCACCAAGUCUGUAGAGAGCAUUGCCAAGGUCUCGCGGGCAGGAGGAUCACUGGAGCAAGCAGACGAAGCGGACCUUUGGGACAUAAUACUGGCAGGUUGUGUGACGUGCGUGAAAGGUCGUCCCCGGUACCCUUCUCUCGAUAAGGCUUUGCGACGGGUCCUGACAGUUGAUACGGUGGCAGGCACCUCGCCCCUCAUUCUACGGGAGCUUUCACAAACACUGCAGCUAUUCAAGAACUAGUGGCAACCCUGCUCGCUUAUUAGUGGUAAAUAGGUCCCAUACGCUCAAGUACAUACUUAAGGAGUCUCACAUCUGUUUCGCGGAGUUUAGUUACGUGCGGAGUUCGUUUGUUCGGAAGAAUAGUUUUGAUAUCUAUGUUUUGUGCCAGCUGACACGAAACAGCAACAGUCGUCAUGAUUAAGUGUAUCGCAUUCAGGAAACCUUCUUCUUGUCGGAUAUCUCUUACGCCUCUUUUUCAGUAAAGCAACUUUUUUGAGGUAUUUACUUGAUGGGACCCCAUCGGAACCUAACUUGAUCGGGACCCUUUAAGUUUAGUUUUACCCGAUGGUACCUCACCGACGGUACACGUCACGUUAUGUUUUAGUAUCAACACAAGAUGCAGGCAGUGGAACUCUGGCGGAGCGAGCAACUCUGUGUUGAAGAAAACUCUGUGUUGAGUCAAAUUAUUGUUCUACGGCUUGAAAGCUUAAAGAGGACCAAGACCACAGGGAAUGUGCUCCCUGAUGAAGGUGACCUCAAUUUUGACAUUUCUGAACUUUUUCAUCUCUCCGAAGUCAGUUCACGCCCAACAAAUGGUCACGUCAGAAAGUUGUGCCCACAGACAUAUGCUC